AUGCCUGAACAAAUCCUCGUGGGAAAGACAUGUCUCGUCACAGGCGGUGGCGGCGGCCUAGGCAAAGCAAUUGCAGCCCAAUUCCUCGAAGCCGGCGCCAGCGUCGUGAUCUGCGACGUAAACGACGAACGUCUGCAGAAGACCUCGGCUGAACUGUCAUCCAAGGGUCCCCUGAAGACCAUCAAGACCGAUAUCACCAAGAUCAACGAAGUGGAGAGCCUGUUCGACACGCUGAUUGGCGAAUUCGGUAAGAUCGAUGUCCUCGUCAACAACGCCGGCAUCAUGGACCACUUCGACCCCAUUGGCGAUCUGGACAUGGAGCUUUGGGAUCGUGUUAUGGCGAUUAAUCUCACUGCCCCGGCUCUGCUGAGUAAAUUGGCGGUUCGAAACAUGCUGGCGCAGCCGAAGCCUGAUGGCCGCAUUAUUAAUAUCGUUUCUGUUGCCGGGAAGGCUGGGUGGGCUAGUGGUGCUGCCUAUACGGCUAGCAAGCACGGUCUGGUCGGAUUGACUAAAAACACUGCUGCGUACUACGGCAACAAGGGCAUCAAGUGCAAUGCUUUGAUGAUGGGUGCCAUGGAAACCAACAUUGCUGAUGCGUUCAACUCCGGGAUGCAUAUGGAGGGUUAUAAGAAGAUGGUAAAUGUGCUCGACGCGAUUCAAGCUCCCUACGUGGAUGUGAAUGAGGUUGCUGGAUUCUGUGUGAACUUGACGUAUGGAAAGGGCGCUGGUCACAUCAACGGUGCGACGAUCGCUAUUGAUAAUGGCUGGACUUCUGUCGUUGGAUAG